UUUAGGGGCUCCUCUGUGUGUAUGAGGGGUUUUGUUUUACGUACCCGGCUCCCUUCGCUUCCCGCCCUCCCCGGGGCCCCCGGCACGUCGCAGCCCGCAAGGUGUCCCUCUCCGCCCCCCCCGGGCUCCCGGCGCCGCGGGAGGACCAACAUUCCCGCCCCGCCGAGCAGUCGCUCACCGGCGGGAGGCGGCGGCACCUGCCCGCCCCGGCCCCGCGGCCCCUCCGGCAGCGGCAGCAGCCCCUUGCCGCGGCCGGGGCCGGGGCCGGGGCCGGCUUUCCUCCCCUCCCCUCCGGCGGCGGCAGCAGCUGGGGGCGCCGGUGGCCAUGGCCGGCUGCCGCCUCUGCGCCGAGGAGAAGGAGUCGCAGCGCAUUAGCGCGGAGAUCGAGCGGCAGCUUCGCCGGGACAAGCGGGACGCCCGCCGGGAGCUGAAGCUGCUGCUGCUGGGCACAGGAGGAAUUGGCAAGAGUAUGUUCAUUAAACAAAUGAGGAUUAUUCAUGGAUCAGGUUAUACAGAAGAAGACAGGAAAGGCUUCACAAAACUGGUUUACCAAAACAUAUUUACUGCCAUGCAAGCGAUGAUCAGAGCCAUGGAUACUCUCAAGAUACAGUACACAUCCAAAGAGAACGAGGAGAGUGCUCAGAUGAUCAAAGAGGUAGAAGUGGAUAAAGUGACAGUGCUGGAAAGAAAGCAAGUUGAAGCAAUCAAUAAGCUCUGGGAGGACCCAGGAAUUCAAGAAUGUUACGACAGAUGGGGAGAGUACCAGCUCUCAGAUUCUGCUAAGUAUUAUCUUCCUGACCUUGAUUGUAUUGCUAUGCCCUCACUUGUGCCAACUCAGCAAGAUAUUCUUAGAGUCCGAGUACCAACUACAGGAAUUAUCGAGUAACCUUUUGAUUUAGAAAAUAUUAUAUUUAGGAUGGUGGUUAUAGGUGGCCAAAGGUCAGAAAGAAGGAGGUGGAUCCAUUGCUUUGAAAGUGUUACUUCCCUUAUUUUCUUAGUUGCAUUAAGUGAAUAUGAUCAAGUCUUGGCAGAAUGUGACAGUGAUAAUUGAAUGGAAGGAAGCAAGGCCUUAUUUAAAACUGUCAUUACAUAUCCCUGGUUUCUGAAUUCCUCAGUCCUUUGGUUUUUAAACAAAAAAGAUCUUCUAGAAGAGAAAAUCAUGUAUUCCCAUCUAGUAAGUUACUUUCCAGAAUACACAGGACCAAAACAAGACGUCGAAGCUGCCAGAGACUUCAUUUUGAAGCUGUGUCAGGAUCAGAUUCCAGACAAGAAGAAAGUAAUCUAUUCCCACUUCACUUGUGCCACCGACACAGAAAAUAUUCGUUUCGUCUUUGCUGCUGUCAAGGACACGAUCCUGCAAUUAAACCUGAGGGAGUUCAAACUGGUUUAAAGAAAAAACAUGGUUGCAGUCACAAAAUGUGGUUUACCCAUAGCACAGCCUAUGUUGUUAAAAAAGGUGGUGUUUUUUUUUUAAAUACCAUUUACAGAAAUGGGAGGAGGAUUUAUAUUUACUGAAGAAGUAUGGAUUAAGGGAAUUGUAAAGAAUGAGUUUUAAAGUUUACUUUUUCAGCUAUACAUUUAAAAUAUUGUGUUCAUAUUUCCCAUAUUAGUUUUGUCUGUGAGUUAUUUUUUGACAUCUGUGGGAAAUAAGUAUAUUUAGAAGAAUGUUAAUAACUCCAUUGCUGUAUUUUAAGAUUUUUCUUUUUCCUUUUUUUUUUUUUUAAACUUAGGAUUUACAAUCAUAGCUUAUAAAAUUUCAAAGUGAUGUCUUAAAAAUUACAAGUUAGCGUUAUUUUAGGGUGCUAGACAUUUUUAUAUUCUUUUUCUGAACAAUGUAGUUGAAAGACUAGGGUAAACCUGUUAGAUUUUUUAGAAGUAUCUCUCAGUAGCCUUGUUAGCCUAAACCCAAAAAUGUUCUAGAAAUCAUUACAAAUGAUUAAUUAGUGGUGACCCUUGCAUAUCACUGCCUCUUUGUUUGAGUGCCUUACAAUAAUAAGACACCUUUCACUGUUAAGGAAUGACAGAUUAAGACCUUGUAGGCAGUCUAUGGCACCUACUCUUUUCUGAAGGGAAAAGCAUUUCCCAAACAGCAAAGCAUUUAGCAAACGGUCUCAGCAUUCACUGCCACAGGAGCUUGAAGAUGGUGCAUAGGUGCCUGUCAUAAACUAGGCCUUAAAUGCCUCUGGGUCACUCACAUAACUUGCCUUCUGCACUUUGCAUUUUCCUGUCAUUGAGCUUCAUGGGUGGUGCUGCAUGGAUUAGAGAGCAGUAAAGCUUCUCCUCUAAAAGGCUUCCAGCCAUUUUCCCAUCUCCUCCACUCCCUGCCCAGCUUCUCCACUAAAGAUGUCAGAAACACUAAUAGCUUGGUCAGUUCUCCACUGGGCCAAAAAUUCUCAGACAUUAGGUCGAUCUUUAAAACUUUUUUUACCCAUGCAAGAUUUGUGGUAGUCACUGGUACUUGAUCAGCUAACCCAGCAGCACUGGUAAGGAGAGUGUUUUAGUAGAACAGUCUGUUAUUAGCAGUAAUUCAGCCCAAAAGAUGUGCUGAGGUUUUCCUGUAUUUAAAUACAUGAAAAUGCAGGUAUUUCCAAGAAGAAAUACUAAAAGCUGUUGCUAUAAUAUCAGCAUGAAAUAGAAAUUUCUCUGCAGCACAGAAAAAAAAUUAGGUUAUAUUGACAUUUCAGCCUGAGUACUGCCAGGGUCUUCAGCCAGGUCAAUAGCUCUCGCACUUCAGUCCUCUGAAAAGCACACCCUGACCUUUCAUUGCCCAUAAAAAAAUGUUUACCAAUUCACAUACUAAACAGCAUGGGUCCCUUUUGUCCAGCAGUACAGAAAAUUUAAGUAUGUCCAGAGCUGCUUUUGGGUGCUAAGAUGAAAACAGCCUGUAACAUUUGAUUCAUUGGUUCUUUAUGUAGUGUUGGAACAAGCAGUAGGAGCCUGUUCUUACAUUUUUUAAUGUUUUUCCAGGAGGCAAGCACACUGACCUAUACAUUGUGCCCAUACUAAUGAAUGGCACUAGCCAACACUGAGGGAACAGUGCAGUACACGCUGGGAUGAGGUACAGGGUGCAGUGCUACUUGCUGAACAAGGAGACACCAAGGGGGAGUGACAGAAAGCAUGGAAUAAACAGCUCGUCUGUGCAUGUGUCAGCUGUGUCACAGAAUCACAGAAUGGUAGGGGUUGGAAGGGACCUCUGGAGAUCAUCUUGUCCAACCCCCCUCCUUGAGCAGGGACAUCUAGAGCAGGGGGCACAGGAACACAACCAGGCUGAGUUUGAAUG